AUGUCUACCGCAAUACCUUCAAUCGCUUGUCUAGGCGUUAUCGGCCGAAAUAACAACCCCCUCCAUAUCUCUAUCUUCCCCUCGCUCGAUCCAGUAACAAACACAUUCGCUCCGAUUCGCACACCUCUCCAGUUCUCCCUCCUGCUCUCUUCCACUAUCGAUGUCUUCGAUCUGCGCGCAAAGACCAACGCAGUUUCAGGUGUUGGCCUCUCCGGCGACUUUGGACUUCUCCACGCCGUCGAUGACCGCCUUACCGCCUACGGCUUCGAGACCAAUACAGGCGUCCGCAUGGUCUGUCUCGUGGACAUGCGCGGUCGGCGUGUCGAUGGCAAUGCCCCAGUAGCUGCAAGUCGGGGCGCUGCUGCAGGCCUACGCGACGCUGAGCUUAAGCCCGUGUUUCGCGCCAUGCAGCAUGCAUAUGUCAAGUUGUUGCAGAACCCGUUUUAUGACCCGGAUGAGCAUGCUCCCCUGGGCGGGAGAGGAGGCAAGAAGAUCACAAGUCGCAAGUUUGCUGAUGACAUGAAGAGGAUAGGAGAGGGCUGGACCCCAGGCGUGACAAGCCUCUAA